GUUUUUCUUGAGAGGUCAUCCAUAUUGCGACACCUUUUCCAUCUAUAUUGAGAGGAGUCUCAUCCAUUGUCUGCAACAUGGCGAAUCCAUCCGUAAUCAUCGAUCAUGUUGUGCUGGACCGCAAGCAGCGUUCCAACAUACCGUCGCUCGUCUGCGCCUUUAUGGCGAGUUUAACAACCGGCGGAACGACCUACGCUUUUGGUUUGUACGGAGACGCCUUGAAGAAGACGCUUGCGCUCUCUCAAUCGCAGCUCGAUACCAUUAGCACGAGUUUCUUCUUUGCCGGUCUCUUUAGCUGGAUUCCGGGUCUCUGUGCAGACCGCUUCGGGACGCGCUUUUCGCUGUCCUUGGGUGGGAUGACCGGUUGUGCGUCGCUGAUGUUGUACUGGGGCGUUGCCCGACAGUUUCUGUUGGUUCCUCACGACUGGCUCGUAGUUUCCCUCAGCUUAUUGGGAAUAUCUAUUUUUCUCUCCUGUGCUCUCGUAACUGGAAGCGUCUUCAAAAUAAUAGUGGCGAGUUGCGGUGCCGGCACCAAAGGCAGUGCAGUGGGUGUUGCGAAGGGCUACGUGGGCCUGGGAGCUGGCGCAUACGCCUGCUUAUUCGAAGCCAUACGGACACCAGGUCAAUCCGAUCUCGAUUUUUUACCUAUGGCGGCCUUUUUCUUUUGCUGCUGUGCUACUUUGCCGGCCUUGAUUCUGCUACCCUCCAAACGACAGGUAGAUACGUCCACCAACGUGGACGACGCGACUCCCCUGCAUUUUAGAACAUUAUUUGGUUCGCUCAUAUGCAUGGCGGUUUUAAUCAUUGGGAAUUCGCUGUCCCGCUUGAUGGAUGCAAGUACAGCAGCUGCUUCGCAUCGAAUAUCACCCAACUACGGAAUGUCCUUCUUGCUGAUGGGAAUUUGGUUGGCACCAGUUGUGAGUCUAAUUUACCUUCCAAGACGCCAGCAUGCACUAAACAGCGGAGUGACAGUUUCGGAAGAGCAUGAACUGGAUGAAACCCAGGAAUCUAGAAUCAAUGAUGAUGAAAAGACUGAACAAGAAAGGUCGAUUGCUUGCCUGAGCUUGGAGAACAUGGAUGUACCAAAAGACGAAGGAGAGGAUACCAAGAAGACCGCCACUGAUGAAGACGAAGAACAAAGUCUUUUACGAGCAAGUAUCGAAGGUGAUGAGGACGGUGAAGCGCUACAAGAAUCUGGUGGCGUGCUGGAUCGGAAUUUGAUGCAGAUGCUGCAAACUCCAUCGGCUCUGCUCAUGCUUUGGACGACAACGAUAUUGGUCGGUGCAGGUACUGUCGAGACAAACAAUAUGGGGCAAAUGGUUGAAUCGCUUGGAUUUGCCGAUAGCGUGACGCCUGCAGCCCUCGCACUCUUUUCUGUGGCUCAAUCUGGAUCGCGGGUUAUAACCGGCGCUCUCUCGGAGUCGGCGUUGAAUUGGAAUACUCGAUCCUGUUGCAUCGAUAACGGCGUUCCGAGGCCCUUUUUUCUGGUGUUAGCGUCAAUAUUGGCCUUUUUUGCGCACGCAAUUCUAUCUGUGGCAACCGGAGAAGCCGCGUUUGUAUUGGGGGUGGCCUUAGCCGGUGCUGCAUUUGGCAUGGUAUGGCCGCUACUUGUGCUGAUUGUUGGAGAAAUCUUUGGAACGGCCAAUGUCGGUGCCAAUUAUAUGUUUUUUGACGGAUUCACCAGCGCGGCUGGUACGCUAUUCUUGUCAAAGCUCGUAGCUGGAGAAAUCUACGAAUACCACAUCGAUGCAAAUGCCAAAGACAAGCUGACAUGCAUGGGAACAGCCUGUUUUCGGCAGACACAAGUUAUUAUUACUUUGCUUUCCUUGACUUGUGUGGGCACCAGUUUGGUGCUGCAAUUCAUGUCGCGACGUGUUUACAACAGAAGCAACCUUCAUACGAUGUAAUCUUUUCAUAUUCGAUUCUGGUCUAGCAGUUUUGGAGAAAAUCUCGUUUUGAUUUG